CCGUUCGGGGCUGAGCCGUGUGUCUCUCUCUCUCUCCCCCCCCCGCUCGCCCCAAGCUCCAGCCCGCCACCAGCCUCGGACCCCCAACCUAGGCGGCGCCUCGCGUUAGCCUGGACCCCCUGACCUGCUGUGGCCGCAGAAGAGGGGCGGAAGGCGAAGGCCCCAAUUCAGAUAUGGUGGACUGAAAUUCCGGCGAGUUAGCCUGGCGGACUGGGGGAUUUUGCCGCCUCCACCCGGCCAAGGCUCCUAGGAAAGGAGCGCGCGUGUGGGGAGGGGGCUCCGUCUUUCUUUCCCGCUUUCCUCUUUUCGUCCUCGUUUUCCGUCCCCUAUGGAACAGACGCCCCCCGCGCUCGACCAUGCCUAGAAAAGUGGGGAACGGGCAGCUCCCCUUGCCCGAUGGCUGGGAGGAGGCGAGGGAUUACGAUGGGAAAGUCUUCUACAUCGACCACAACACCAAGCAGACCAGCUGGAUCGACCCUAGAGACAGGUUAACAAAGCCAUUAUCCUUUGCAGACUGUGUUGGAGAUGAGCUACCAUGGGGAUGGGAAGCUGCAUACGAUCCUCAGAUUGGUGUCUACUAUAUCGACCACAUAAACCAAACCACACAGAUAGAGGAUCCCAGAAAACAAUGGAGGCAAGAACAAGAGAAAAUGCUAAAAGAUUACCUUACAGUAGCACAAGAUGCACUUAAUACUCAAAAAGAAUUGUACCAUGUGAAAGAACAGAGACUGGCACUUGCCUUAGAUGAAUAUGUGAAGUUGAAUGAUGCUUAUAAGGAGAAAUCUAGCUCUCGAACAAGCUUGUUCUCAAGCUCAUCAUCCAGCACUAAGUAUGAUCCUGAUAUCCUGAAGGCAGAAAUCUCCACUACAAGACUAAGGGUUAAAAAACUAAAGAGGGAACUCUCACAGAUGAAGCAAGAAUUACUGUAUAAGGAGCAAGGCUAUGAAACACUGCAACAAAUUGACCAAAAAAUGUCUGGAGGCCAGAGUGGGUAUGAACUAAGUGAAGCCAAAGCCAUUGUGAAUGAAUUGAAGUCUAUCAGAAAGGCCAUAAUUUCUGGUGAGAAAGAGAAGCAAGAUUUAAUUCAGAGUCUUGCAAAAUUGAGAGAGAGGUUCUUUCUUGACCACACUAUUGACAGAUCAGACACAGAUCUGAGGUGCAGCCCAACAAACUCUCAGCUCUCUCUCUCUAGACAGACUUUGGAAGCAGGAUCUCAGACAGACAUUUCUGGUGAUGCUGGUGUCAGGAACAUGUCCAAUUUAGCGGAGAAGGUCAGACUGAGCCUUCAGUACCAAGAUGCCAAAAGAAGGAUGGCAAACAUAAAGAUUGAACUGUCUAAGAUAGAUAGUGAAGCUUGGCCUGGGGCACUGGAUAUUGAAAAGGAAAAACUGAUGCUGAUUAAUGAAAAGGAAGAACUGCUGAAGGAGCUUCAAUUUGUCACCCCACGUAAACGUACUCAAGAUGAAUUGGAGCAUCUGGAAACAGAAAGAAAAAGACUGGAAGAGGAGCUGUCUGGGAAAAGCAUCCCUAGUGAAGAAUUUACAGAGAGGUUAAAAUUGGAAGAAAAAAAGAAUACAUUAGUUCAAAAGCUUGAAGAGACAAGUAAGGAAACAACUAAGUUGCAUUUGCAGCUGAAAAGUCUCUCCGCCAGUACAUUAUCUGUGUCUUCAGGGAGCAGCUUGGGGUCCCUGGCGUCCAGUCGAGGGUCUCUGAACACAUCCAGUAGGGGAUCACUGAAUUCCCUUAGCUCUACGGAUAUGUACUAUAACCAAGGUGAUCAACCUACAGACUUGGAUUAUCAGUAUAAACUGGAGUUUUUAUUACAAGAAAAAUGUGGUUACAUUCCUUCAGGCCCUAUCACCACAAUUCAUGAAAAUGAAGUAGUCAGUUCCCAUGGGAAAGUGAGAUAUAGUGAUUCUUCUGCCUCUUCGUGUACAAGUCAUGUACCCAAAUUAACUGAACCCCCAAAAUCUGUGGCAUCACUGUCUUCAAGGUCCUCCCUUUCUUCCCUAUCCCCUCCUGGAUCACCUUUGGUUUUAGAAGGAGCAUUCUCAGUGCCUUCACAAAACUCUACAUUGCACCAUCUUACCACAGACUUUGAGGACUGUGAUUUAUCCAAUGACUUUGCCAGCAUUAAUCUUUGUGGCAACCAAAUGCUGUUGGACUCUGAAGCUAGAGUAUCUUCUCAGUCACUUGUGGAUGACAAAGACGUUAAUGAAAACAUUAGCCAGACUGUGUCUCCUUCAAGAAAUACAGGUGUUGACUUGCCAAGAAGAACAGUAAGUCACCUACUUCAGGAGAAGACAGGGGGUGUAUCUGCUGCAGUUUCUGAUGAGUCUGUGGCUGGAGAUAGUGGUGUAUAUGAAGCUUCUGUAAAACAACCAAAUGAUAGUGAAGAUGCUGCAUAUAGUGAAGAUGAUACUACGGUUCUAGAGGCAGCUCAAGUACAGAUAGGUUUGAGGUAUGACACAAAGAGCUCGAGUUUUGUGAUAAUUGUGAUGCAGCUGCAAAAUUUCCAUGCCCUUUCGGUACACCCUGGCUCCAAAGUGUAUUUUAGAGUUGCCGUUCUUCCAUCCUCAGUUGACAUCAGCUGCCUGUUCCGCACAAAAGUCUAUUUUGCCGCUGAGACUCUUUUAUUUAGUGAGAUGUUCAGAGUCACCAUUUCCCAGACAGCUUUGCGUCAGAAAACUUUGAGAGUAGAUGCCUGCACUGUCGGUAAAACGUAUCGGGAAGAAUGUCUAGCUGGAACUCAGAUAAGUCUGGCCGACUUGCCAUUUUCAGACGAGAUGUCUACUUCGUGGUACAACUUACUGGCUUACAAGAAGAUUCCUGAUAGAAAGAAGCAAAAGGAGCAAAAGGAGGGGCUUGUUUUUGUAGCAGACAGUCAGACACCUGGCUCUUUGGACUUGGAUGCUGUGUCAGCUUUACUGGAAAGGACAUCGGCUGAACUGGAAGCAGUAGAACAAGAGCUUGCAGAGGAGGGGGAAGAGGAAGGAAAGGACAUACAGGAUCCACAGAAUGCUGAGGAAGACUGGUUAGGAACUCUGACAGAAGCACCGGCAUCCAGUGAUAUUGUAGCAGAAGAGGACGACAAUUUUGAAAGAGCGCAGGAAAGUGGACGCGCAGAUGGCAAUGAACUCUGCUUAAAUCUAGUAGAGACAGAUGAAGUCAAAGAUGGGGAAGACAGCAAUAGGACAGAUGUGUGUCACAAUGAGCAGACAGUAUCAUCCACACUGGUUGAUAAGGAAACUAAUACAGAAGACAGGACAGAAAAUGUGGCUGUACGACCCAAGGACAGAAACAGCCUGAAGUCUCAACAGCAUCCCUUUGUCAGGAACAGCAUGAUAGUGCGCUCACAAACCUUCUCUCCAGGGGAGCGGAACCAGUACAUCUGUAGGUUGAAUCGAAGUGAUAGUGACAGCUCAACACUGGCCAAAAAGUCUCUGUUUGUGAGAAAUGCCACAGAACGGCGAAGCUUGAGAGUUAAAAGGCCUGCUUGCCAGAUUGGUAUGCGAAGAGCAACACAAGAGCACCCUGUACGCACAUCUCUUGACUUGGAGCUGGAUCUCCAGGCAUCUCGGACCCGACAGAGUCGCCUGAAUGAUGAACUGCAGGCACUCCGCAAUCUUAAACAAAGGCUAGAGGAGAUGAAGGCAAGAAGGGAAACAGAACUUCCUUCAUGUGUGUUAGAGGAUGAAAGAUUCAGAAAGCUCUUGAAACAAGCUGGAAAACAGGCUGAACAAUCAAAGGAAGAAAAGAAAAGGGGCUUAAGUGCAGAGAAACUGAUGAGGAAAGCUUCGAAAGAUGUGUGCCGGUUGCGAGAACAGAGCCAGAAAGUGCCGCUACAGGUGCAGUCGUUCAGGGAGAAGAUUGCAUACUUCACAAGAGCAAAAAUCAGCAUACCAUCCCUACCAGCUGAUGACGUUUAACUAUUUUGAACAAAAUUCUUCUACAGCUUUUUUAAAAUGUCAUUUUUGUAGUUUCAAAGGCUGCUUUAUAUCCAAUCUAGAUAUUCUUUGUAAAAAAAAUAGCUCAAUAUGCUAUGUUCUGAUUUUUUUUCCAUAAUAGCACACACGCAUUGUAAAGGCAAGAAAGAGCCCUACGUGUCCUCCCCUAUCUAAAGCCACACACACUAGGAAACCAAAGUAGAAUCCUUCUGAUACACUGGUCCUAAUUUUGUAUAGUUUGUAAUCAUUGCAGAUAUGCUACUAUUUUGUAAAAAUGGAUUUAAAGAACAAAGGCAAAGUGUGAAUAUCCUGUUGAACAACACUGUGUUGAGAAAUAUUACAUUCAACAGAAAGUUUGUUUCUCUGUUUUUUCACAAGAGCAGACUGUGAAGAUGGCUGUUAGGCCGAGCAAUAUUUUUUUACAAGGUGUUUUUUUUAAAUUUGUCUUUCUGUCUGUUUUGGUAGCUAGCAACAAACACAAGUCUUCUUCAAAACAGCAAGACUGCCUCAUACAAACAGGUGCUGUUUGGUUUUCUGUCGUCUGUUGGACUUUU